CAAAACUGCCCUACAAGCCAUUUGAAAAUUAAUUUCUAUCACAGGAAAGUUUUACAGUGUCAGUCUACCUGCAUGUUAUUAGAAAAUUUACACAGGCCGAAGACAUAUUUUUCGGAUACAAAAAGAUUGGAUACUGCAGUAGGGUAGUAGAGAAGAAACAUGGAAGGAGAUGUGGAAAAAGCAGUUUCUUUAUUAAAAGAUGUGAGGCACAAGUGUGAAGAUGUCACAUCACAUAUCAACAAUUUAGUUACCAAAGCUGAAAAUGGUGAUCUUAACACAUCAAAGGGUAUCAGUUUCUUGGAGGUGAAGUACCAGCUGCUACUGAGUUAUCUAACAAAUCUUACAUAUGUCAUGCUGAAAAAGACACAUGGACAGGCAAUACAAGGAGACGAGUCUAUAGAGAGACUGGUGGAAAUUAGAACCGUUUUAGAGAAAAUGCGCCCAAUAGAUCAGAAGUUGAAGUACCAGGUAGACAAAGUGAUCAGUAUAGCUGCGACAGGAGGUCAAGAUUCCAAUGACCCUAUGAGAUUCAAGGCAAAUCCAGACAGCUUGGAAAGCAAAAUUGAAAGUGGUGGAUCAGAAAGUGGAAGUGAUGUAGAAGAGGAUGAGGAAGAAAAGUCCAGCAAAGUGUACAGACCACCUAAAAUGGCAGCUGUUCAUUAUGAUGGAGAUGAGAAUCAGUCAAGCAAGCGAGAGAAACAGAUAGAAAACUUGAGAAAACGAGCGCUUAAUAGUGAUAUACUGCAGGAUCUCAAGGAUCAGUAUUAUGAUGGACCUGAAGAAAUCAGGGAAUCCAGGGAUUUACAUCGGAUGAAAGCGGAUAGAAAGACAAAAGAAAAAACUAGAUAUGAAGAAGAACAUUUUGUGAGGUUGAACACUUCAAAAAAAGACCUGCACUCCCAGCAGAAAGUGGGCACAAUAUCAUCAUUGAACAGUUUGACUCACUUCAACAGUAUAUCAGCGUUAGAUAUGGAGGAUGGAAAGUUAGCUGAUUUCCCUGCUAAAAGAAGAAAAGUUGAAAAGAGUAAAAACAAGAAAGGAAAGAAAGGUUUCAAGAAAAAGAGGAGACGAUAGAAUGCCAGACAACACUGUUACGUCUGUAUUGUUUGUCAUAGUGCAAUUUUAUUACAUAAAUUCGGAAAAAAAUUC